AUGGUUUAUCAUUGCAUCGGAAUCGAUGAAAUGAAGAGAGAGAAAGAAAUUGUGUUAAAUGCUGUCAGACAAUAUGGUUAUGUUCUUCAAUUUGCAUCCGAUGAAUUGAAGAAUGACGAAGAUGUGGUAUUAACAGCAGUAAGACAAGAUGGUGGAGCUCUUGAUUCUGCAUCAGAAGAGUUGAAGAAUGAUAAAGAGGUGGUUUUGACAGCGGUACGAAAAGUUGGUAAUGCUCUUCGAUAUUCGUCUAAUGAAUUGAGAAACGAUAGAGAAGUGGUAUUGGAAGCUGUCAGACAAGACGGUCAUGCUCUCCAGUAUGCAGGUGACAUGAUGAAAGGCGACCAAGAAGUUGUAUUGGAAGCGAUCAAACAUGGCGGCCAUUUGAAAUAUGCUUCUAGGGAUCUAUUACAUGACAAACAAUUCUUAUUGCAAGUUGUUGAAUAUGAUGUCAAUCUUAAUCAUUUGCCAGAAGAAAUUUCAAAUGACAAAGAAUUUUUAUUACAAGUAAUCAAACUCAUGUUAGAAGCAGUGAAGAACAAUGGGUUUGCCUUAUAUUACGCAAGCAAAGAAUUGCAGAAAGAUCGAGAACUUGUGAUGGAAGCUCUCAAAUGCAAUGGAUAUGUCUUUGAGUACAGUGAUGAAUUAUAUCAAGCAAGAAUGCACUAUUGUUAUCAUGAUGUUUAUUUGGGAAAUGCUGUUGAACAUCAUUAA